AUGUUGCAGUUUCGUAGUGCUUUGAGUUUCGCUAUAUUUUCCCUCACUUUGCUAUCAAUUGGAAUAAAUCCUAGUGAAGGAGAACGACGCGUUGACUUUGUAGGCACCAACUACACUUUCAAUCCGGCUUACUUUACGAGUUUUUCGAUCACAAUUGUGAAUAAAAGCAUAAGCAUGGACAUAGUAUUGCUGAAGCCAAUUCUGCGUGGCUUCAAGGUGCACAUCGACUAUCAGCUGCGUAUGGCCAAUGCCAAGAGCUAUCAAUCGAUCUUCAGUCGCCACGUCGAUGUCUGUGCCAUGGUCAGCACCGUGAAGGAUGGUCUGCUCAAGAGCUGGUUCAAGAGCAUGGCCAGCCACGGCAACUUCAUGGCCAACUGUCCAGUUGAGGUAGGUCAUUACUAUCUGCACAACUGGCGCAUGGGAUCGUCGAUGAUGCAUCAGUUUCUAUACCCGGGAGAGUAUCGCAGUCGCGUGAACUUCUUCUAUGGCAAAUAUAAGACCAAGACCGAAGACCGUGUGCUCUCCAUUGUAAUGGAAUCGCUUAUAUCAAACUGA